AACUAGAGACUUCCUCAGUGCCCCAGGACAAAACAGCAUCCCCACUCACACUUGUGAAGAGAAAGCAGAACUCAGAUCCUUCUCAGGGAGGAGGGCACCCUGGCAGAGGACAGGCACCACAGCCACCUGGAGGUGGCUGAGCCCCUGUGUCCCAGCAGGCACCAUGAAGUUAACCCUAGGAAGACAGAAGAAGCCAAGAGAUGAAGAAAAUCCCCAUGGUUCUGAGGACCUCCAGGCGGCCCUGCAGGAGCCCAGGCUGCGGCUCCUCCUGGCCGGGAGGACGGGGGCGGGGAAGAGCUCCACGGGAAACAGCAUCCUGGGCCGGAAGCACUUUGACUCCAGGCUCAGGGCCACGUCGGUGACCCGAAGCUGUGCCGUGGCGAGCGGCAGGUGGGCGGAGUGGGACGUGGACGUCCUUGACACCCCGGACCUUUUCAGCUCCGAAGUCGCCCGGACAGACCCCGACUGCAAGGAGAGAGGCCGCUGCUACCUGCUCGCAGCCCCCGGGCCCCACGCCCUGCUCCUGGUGACGCAGCUGGGCCGCUUCACGGCCCAGGACCAGCAGGCCUGGAGGGGGGUGAAGGCGCUGUUCGGGGCCGGGGUCUCGGCGCACACGAUCGUGGUCUUCACCCGCAAGGAGGACCUGGCGGAGGGCUCCCUGCAGGAUUACGUGCGCGACAGCGAGAACCCGGCGCUCAGGCAGCUGGUGGCCGAGUGUGGGGGCCGGGUCUGCGCCUUGAACAACCGCGCCACGGGUCCCGAGCAGGAGGCGCAGGUGACGGAGCUGAUGAGGCUGGUGGAGGAUCUGGUGAGGGACCGCGGCGGCGCCCCCUACACCAACGACGUGUACCGCCUGGCGCAGGCCCUGGGCGGCGUGAGCCCGGAGGAGAGGCUCCGCAAGGUGGCCGAGCGAGUGGCACAGAAGCAGCAGGGGUGCUGCCUGCAGCGGUUCCUGUGUGAGAAGCCGAAGGCUCAGAGGAUCCUGUGGGCUCUGGCCCUGGCUGUGCUGGCCAUCGUGAUCCUGAUAGCCCUGUUCUUUUUCAAAGGUCCGUAGUCAGGGUCCUCUUAAGUCUUGCAGGUAACCUGGUCUAAACACUAAACACUACUCCCACCUAAAGUGAGAUUUCAAAAGCAUCUGUUUUAGAAGCUUCUCAUUCACUGUAGUGAACAGCUUUUCAAAUAACCGCAUGGGGAGUACCUGUUGUGGCUCUUCGAGUUAAGGACCCCGCCAGUUGUCUUCUUGAGGAUGGGUCUUUGAUUCCUGGUCUCCUUCAUGGGGUGAGAAUACGGCCUUGGCAGCAACGUGCAGGUGAAUGUCUCAGAGGCGGCUCACAUCUGGUGUUGCCUAUGGCUGUGGUGUUGGCCUCGGCUGCGGUGUUGCUUCAACCCCUGGUCCGAGAACUUCCUAUGCCACAGAAUGGCGGUCAAAGGAAAGAAAUAGGAGUUUCUGUUGUAGCUCAGCAUAAAGGAAUCUGACUAGCAUUCAUGGACAAUGCAAGUUCCAGCCCUGGCCCUGCUCAGUGGGUUAAGGAUCUGGCAUUGCCAUGAACUGUGCUGUGGGUCACAGACCCUGCUCAGGUCCCCCUUUGCUGUGGCUGCGGCAUAGGCUCCUUCUGGCCGGCUCCUCCAAUACAAGCCCUAGCCUGGGAACCUCCAUAUGCCCCAGGUGUGGCCCUUUAAAAAAAAAAAAAAAAAGACAGAAGGGAAAUAAAUAAA